UAACAACUUCCAUAACGAUUUUACCGAUAUAGUGCCACCUCAACCUAAACCAAACACAAUGUAUGCAACACACGAAACUAAUCAUUAAAAAAAUAAUAAAAAGACAACCCAACAAAACAAACUUCAGUUUCUUGUUCUAUUCUUCUUUUCAAUUUUCAAUUCAAUCCUUCAUAUCUGAAUCUAAAUACUACAAUUUUUAACAUUAAAAAAGUAAAAAACAUCCUCAGAAAAUGUCCAACAUCGAAGAAGAUUCAUCUCCCCCGAGGAUACACAUUCAGACUCCACCACCGGCGCCAGAUGUGACUGAUCGGGAAAACCCACCGCCGCCGACCGAAGGCAUAGCAGGGAUAUUGAAGCGGUGGAAGAGGGAAGACUUGAUAAAGAGAGGAUCCUUGGGAUUGAGAGGGAUCGCUUUGCUUUUCUCUCUUAUUUGUUUCAUUGUAAUGGCUAGCAACAAACAUGGCGAUUGGAGGGAUUUUGAUAAAUAUGAAGAGUAUAGGUAUUUGCUGGCAAUUGGGAUUUUGUCAAGUUUGUAUACUGGAGCUCAAGUUUUUCGUCAAAUUCACGAACUUUCUACUGGAAAGCAAUUGAUUAAACCAAGUUUGGCAACUAUCAUUGACUUUUUCGGUGAUCAGGUUUGUCAUGUCAUUCAUUUCUAUAUGGUGUUACAUUUAUGUAACAUGACUAUGAUACUGAGGAUAGUGAGAGUGUCACUGAAUUUUCUGAAAAUCAAUGCCUUGGUUAGAUUGAAAUCGGUUCAGAUUGUGAUCAAGUGGUUGAAUGUUUGUUUGGUUGCAGUGUUUGAAUGUUGCAAUGUUUUUUUGGUGUUGCAGAUAAUGGCAUAUUUUUUGAUAUCAUCAGCAUCUUCAGCAAUUCCAAUGACAAAUAGAAUGCGGGAAGGUGCAGACAAUAUAUUCACAGAUGCUUCAUCUACAGCCAUUAGCAUGUCGAUUUUCGCCUUCUUGUGUUUGGCAGCAUCGGCUCUCAUAUCUGGCUACAAACUAUCAGCUCAGUCCUAUAUCUGAAACUACAACGAAAUUCUCCAUAUUUUGUUUCACACUUCAAUUUCAUUUCUGUAAAUCGCUUUUGAUGUAUACCAAUGUUGUUAAAGGGAGUCAGAAAUUCUCCUCCCUUUGGCCGUGUGCGUUACAGUUACAGUGAAAGAAUACGUAAUAUUGAUUUCAUAUACAAAUACAAAUAAUAUGUAAUUCUUCAUAUAAAUACAACAAAAGAAUAACAGUGCUCAUUAGUCAA